CCCACACUGCAACCCCUCUUUCCAUCAAUCUACUCUCCUCUCUUCUCUUCUUCACCUCUGAUCUCUACUCUGACUGACUCUGCACUGUGGCCGAGGCCAUGGCUAAAUUUGUUGCUGCUUUCUUCUUGGCCCUCAUUGCCCUUUCAAUGCUCCAAACUUUGGUUAUGUCAUCUCAUGGGCAUGGAGGUCACCACUACAACAGCCAAAGGCGAUAUGGACCAGGGAGUCUUAAGAGCUACCAAUGCCCAUCACAAUGCUCGAGGAGAUGCAGCAAGACACAAUACCACAAGCCAUGCAUGUUCUUCUGUCAGAAAUGCUGCAGAAAGUGCCUGUGUGUGCCUCCAGGGUAUUAUGGGAAUAAAGCUGUGUGCCCUUGCUACAACAACUGGAAGACCAAGGAAGGAGGACCCAAAUGCCCUUGAACCAAAUCUCUCAUUCCUAUUAUUACCAUAAAUAUUAGUACUGUGGUCUUAAAUCAUCAGUGCGUUGCCAUUUCAGUCGUUCUGCUAACUAUAUACACUGUGUGUUUUGUUCCCUAUAAGAUUUAUGGUGGGUUUGUUUUCUUUGUUUCAAGUCAUUACUUGAUGAUCUCAGAGUCAGGAUGGCUAAUUUAUUAUUCAUAUUAUCAAUGAAUUUUAUAGUUUUAUGGA